GGCACUUGGGGGUUCCAGAGGAGCAGAGAAACGAAGGCUAGGGUUUCGAGGAGAGGAGAGGGCGAGCAAUGGAGGACGAGAAGGGGAGUACCAAUCCGCGAUGCUUCUUGGACAUCAGCAUCGGUGGGGAAAUGGAAGGGCGUGUCGUUGUUGAGCUUUUCGCUGAUGUUGUGCCUCGGACGGCGGAGAACUUCAGAGCUCUUUGCACUGGCGAGAAAGGCGUCGGACCUAACACUGGGGUUCCUCUCCAUUUUAAGGGAUCCCGCUUUCACCGUGUUAUUAAAGGCUUUAUGAUCCAAGGUGGAGAUAUAUCUGCUGGUGAUGGAACCGGAGGAGAAUCCAUCUAUGGUCUGAAAUUUGAGGAUGAAAAUUUUGAACUGAAGCAUGAGAGGAAAGGAAUGUUAUCUAUGGCUAAUUCUGGCCCUAACACUAAUGGGUCUCAGUUUUUUAUUACGACCACUCGAACACCUCAUCUAGAUGGAAAACAUGUUGUUUUUGGACGAGUGAUAAAAGGUAUGGGUGUGGUUCGUUCAGCUGAGCAUGCUCCAACGGGUGAUGGUGACUGUCCCACUGUUGAUGUUACAAUUGCUGCUUGUGGACAAAUACCUGAUGGAGGUGAACUUGGAAUUUCAAAUUUCUUUAAAGAUGGUGACACGCAUCCAGAUUGGCCUGCUGAUCUCGAUGAGAAACCAAAUGAAGUCGCUUGGUGGAUGAGUGUUGUUGAAUCUUCCAAAUCUUUUGGAAAUGGUUAUUACAAGAAAGAGGAUUACAAGAUGGCCCUUAAGAAAUACCGGAAGGCUUUGCGCUACCUGGAUGUCUGCUGGGAUAAAGAAGAGAUUGAUGAAGAGAAAAGUUCGCUGUUGAGGAAGACUAAGUCAGUUAUAUUGACCAAUAGUUCGGCUUGCAAAUUAAAAUUAGGAGAUUUAAAGGGAGCCCUGCUUGAUGCGGACUUUGCAUUGCGUGAACGAGAGGGAAAUGCCAAAGCAUUCUUUCGCCAAGGCCAAGCUUACAUGGCACUUAAUGAUGUGGAUGCUGCUGUUGAGAGCUUUAAGAAUGCACUGGAGCUUGAGCCAAAUGAUGGAGGCAUAAAGAAAGAACUUGCUGCUGCAAAUAGAAAGAUUGCAAACAGACGCGAUCAAGAGCGGAAGGCAUAUGCUAAGAUGUUCAAAGCACCCGCGAAGUCUGAUGUUAAUACCUAGGCAAGAAAACAAAGUGAAUGAAUUGAUCUCAAUUCUCAAAGGACUAUGAAAAACCUUUUUCUCUCAUAACCAAAAGUGGAUAAUCAUUUUGUGACAUUUUGAUCCAUUGUAGAAGAGUUCAGGUAGUUAUGCUCUGUGCUUCAUUUUCGUCUCUCUGGUUAGUAUCGGUGUUAUUCAUUCGAUGGCAUCCUUUUUAAUUAUCAGAUAUUUAAAUUUAAAUUUGGAGCUGGGAAAUAAUCCAGAUCCUUUCAGGUGUAGAGAUGCUUGAAUCAAAUUUUUGUUUAAUAAUUUUAUAGUGAUAUUAUGGCA